AUGGAUCUAGCAGCACUCGCCGCCGGCAUCGAAAUUUCGACGUGGCAGACGGAAUUUGAAGGCCACACAAUCACCAUCCACACGAGCAAGGACACUCUGACGGCCGCCCGAAGUCUCCAGACCCGCCAGGCCGCCGCGGGAAUCCGACACAAGCUGCCCCCAAUUCUCAGCUUCAACGUUCCCGCCGAUCUGGCCGACGACGAUCCAUGGGGCUUCGCGGCGCGCUUCCUCCAGCACGAGUGGCGCAGCCAGCGGCAGAACCACUCGUACCCGACGGACAUUAUCCUCGCGGGCGUGGCGACGUUCGACCCGCUGCAACAGGCGCGGUUCUUCCACGAAGCGUCUCCAGACUCUCAGGACCCGCCUGUGCUCUGGACCGGGAAGCAUGGUUGGACAGAGUUCCCGGCGGCUUCCUCGCCGACGGAUGUCGCGUUUCUGCAGGUUACCCUGGAUUUCAUGGUGGAUCUGCUCUUCAAGAAUCGCUCGGGGGCGAUGACCACCACACCUUGA